AGUAUAGUAAGCCUGUGGUAAACCAGGUAGCGCUAGAUWAGUUCACGUACUUAUUCCUCUCUCUACACCUCUCUCGCGGACACUAAGCGUCCCGUUACCCCGUCACCCGCCUCCCAUGACGUUUCCAGUCCAGUGUAGUAGUCCGUGCUUGUAGACAAAAUUCAUAAGGUAUCCUAAAUCGCGGAGUCUCGGAUGUAUUAUCUGAGACUUGUAUCUUAUCAAUAAAUAAAAAAUGGCAUUAAUAAAAAACAAGACAAUAAAUUAUUAAAUUAAUAGUUUAACGUUUAAGACUUUAAGUUUAUGUUUCAUAAAUUGAAAGUAAAAUAUUUUUUCUUUUAAAUUGCAAAUGAUUAUGUUGAAAAGUUCUCAGUGAAAGGUAAUUGAAUAUGGGAGAAGAUGAAGGAGGCAUCAAAUUUGUAAAUUGCAUUGGUUCAGACAUUAAUAUAUGGAAGAAAUUACCAUAUGAAGAAAAUUAUAAAUGUGAAACUUGUUUGCUAUAUGAUGAACCUGAAUAUCAUAUUGAUGAUCCUGAAUAUGUAAAUACUACUUGGAAAUUUUUUGACCAUAUAACAAAAAGAUAUCUAUUAGGAAACGGGAAAGAGAUUUUUCAUUACCAAAAAUAUGAACGUCCUCCACUAGUAGUUAAAAUUAAUACUCCAUUAUAUACUUUACAAGAACUUUGCAAAUACACUAUUUCAACAAGACUUUUGGCUAACAAUAUUAAUAGUACAGCAAUUGAUGAAAUGGAAUUACCUGAACAGUUGAAAAUUGAUAUAAAAAGUUGUGUACAGAAAUUAGGAGAACAGUAUGAUGCAGAUGGAGAUGGUUGUAUUCAAGAUUGGAMAGUAUACCAUGAAGAAGAAUAUAGUUAUUGAAAUUUUUUAAAUAAAAGCUUUUAUAUAUAUUUUAUUAUACACAUUUUACUCAUUAUUUUUAAAUACAAUAUAUAUUUUUUUUCUUAAAAUAUAUCUUAAUAAAAAUAUAAACAUUUAAUCCUCAAGUAGAUUUGUUUUAAUACUUUUCUUUUUACACUAGAGGCCAAUUAUUGCUCAUUAUUCAUUAAAUACAAAACAUUCAGGGGUAAAUAAUAUAUCAAGCUGAAAAUUGUGAUGAUCAUAACAAUUAU